AUGCCGUCACCUCCAUCCUCAUACCUUCAUUUCAAAGGGUUCUCCAUAACCUUUGCUCACUCGGAGCUCAACCCACCAGACCCUUCUAAUCACCCUGACUUCAUCUUCCUCCCUUUGUCGGACAAAUUAUCUGACACCGGCGGCUCUUCCGGCUUCAUUCAGUUCUUGCAAGCUCUAAACGAUAACUACAAACCCCAUCUUCACAAACACCUCAUCCAGGUCAUAGAUGCACAAAAGGCCUCAUCUCAAAAGGAAUCAAUCGUUAUCAUCCAUGAUAAUCUCAUGUUUUGUGUCGGAUCAAUCGUCGACGAUCUAGGUCUACCCUCCAUCAUAGUGCGCAGCAGCAGUGCAGCCUGUGUUCUUGCUUACAGAAUCAUCCCUCAGCUCCAUAAAGAAGGUCGAUUCCCUGUAGAAGGAAAUGGUUCCGGGACUCCAUCCACUCAGAUACAAAGAUAUACCAUUUAUUGGCCUCACAACACAACAAAGCCUAAAAUUGACAACAUUGUUCUCCUAAAAAACACACCCAAUUGCUUUCAUAUGGAACACCAUCGAAUUUAUUGA